AUGCAAAAGCAAAGCUUUGCUAUCAAGACUAAAUUUCAAGCAGCCUCAUUGGAAAACAAGGCUUUGAAUGGGUCAACUAGAGAGUUUUCUACCAAGGAAGCUUUGAAGGCUAGAUCAAAGUUUGAUAACUUGAAGAACUCUGUUGAAAAGUUAUUGAGUGCUCGUUCUCAAAACAAGCAGAAUAUUGAAUCAAAGACUAAAAUCCUUCACAAAACUGAGGAGAGUUUAACAAUGGUUGAGGAACUUGUUGCCGAUCUAUCCAAGACGAAAAUUAGACUUGAGGCUAUCAGUCAAUCAGAGGAAGGAAGACUUGAAAGAUUAAAGGAAAGACAUCAACAAGUGGAGAAGAAAAUGGAAGGGCUAGUAACAGAUCUUAAUGAGUUAUCUGAAAGAAACAAGCAUGCAAAGGAAGUUAUUGCUAAUCUUAGAGAGAAGAUUUCUCACGAUCAAAGAUGUUAUGAAAUCUACAUGGACACUUUACAAAAUAUUGAAGAAGAGAAUAGAAAUCAAGAAGAUCAUUUGACAAGAGUCAACCAACAAAGAGAGGAAAGAGAGAAAAGAAAGAAUGAAGUUGAAUCAGAACUCAAGUUGAAACAAGAACAAAUCAAUGGAGUUAAUGUCAAGAUGCAAGAGGUCAUGGAGAUUAUUACAAAGAAGCAGAGUGAAAUUAAUGAAAUCUUAAUGAUUUCCAAUCAAGUUUCAAAGCAAAUUGCAACAAUUAGAAAGCAACAAGAGGAGUUGAUGAGAGAAAACCAACAAAUUGAGACUCAAAUUAAAGAUAAAGAGGAAGAACUCAUCAAGAAUCAAGGUGAAUUCAAGAAAUUGAAUGAUAUUAUGGCUGAUUUAGAGACAUCCAUGUUAGAGUAUAGAUCCUCAAGGGAUGAAAUGAAGUUUAAGGACAAGUUUGAAACAAUUAUGAAAAAGAAUGGACUUCAAUUCGAAGGUAUUGACACUUCAAAGAUAUCAUACCUUGCUCAGAAAAAGCAAUUAAAGCAAAAGUGUUUGAACGAUCUCAAGUUUAAAUGUGAGCAACUUGAAAAAAAGAAAAAGGAAAUUGACAACAACUUGAGUGAAAUUGAAACUAAAUUCAAGUCUUGCGAAGAGGAGUUGACCACUGUUGAAUCAAGUAUUGAGGCUAAGAGGGAAGAAUUUUCAGCAUCAGAUACUACCAUCAAAGACUUGAAGGAACAAGCCACCUCUUUAAAGCAAGAAAUUGAAGAAAAGAGCAUUUCAUUGCAGAAUGUCAAUAAUGAGAUUUUCAAGAUUGUCACCAAUAGCAACCAAAAAAGUGAGCAAAAUACUUUUGCAUUAUCAGAACUAAGAUACCAACUAGAGCUCAAGAAUGAAGAAAUGAGUAAUCUCACAAAGAAGCUUCAAGAAUUGGAACAAAGAGAGCAAGAUGAGAUGAAGAACUUGGAAAAGGUUGAACUGGAUUUGAGUAAGAGUUUGUUGGAUUUAAAGUCACAUGAAACCCAAAGAGACGAGAAGAAAGAAGAGCUAGAAAAGAAAAAGUCAUCACUUUCCUUGCUACAAGAACAAUUAGAUUUAUUGAGAGAUCAAGAAAGAAGACAAAAUUCCAUUCUCAGUGAAAAGCAAAUUAUGAUCCAAAAGCUAGUUGGAAAAGAUGCAAAGAUUGAUUUAGGGUUUGACUUUGAAAAGGAAUAUGAAAGACUGCAAGAAGAAAUGAACGAACAACUUGAAAAAUUCUAUGAAGAAAUGUCAGCUCAUUACCAACAAGAGUUGGAGAAGGAAUCUCAAAAGAAUGCCAAUAAGAGACAAGAAAGAGAACAAAGAUUGAAAGAGUUGGAAGACAGAUAUGCCAAAGUAUUGCAAGAAUUGGAUACUGAGAUUGAUGAAUGGCAAACAAGAAUAGAAAAUGGAACAGAUGCAGAGGAAAGUGCCAGAAAACCAAAACCAAAGCCAAUUGUUAUCGAACCAAUGUCUCAACCCCUAUUAUCUAUUGAUUUUGCUGAUGACCUAUUCACAGAAAACACAACAAAAGAGAAAACAUUUGACUUUUUUGAUGAUGACUACUGA